AUGGUGGCCUUCUCUUUUCCUCCUGUGUUUUUCGUUUGCGAGGCUUCUAGUAAAAAGGUUCACUGGAAACUCAUUGACCCAAGAUUUAGAGAAUCUAAAAGGCCAAAUCUUCACAGCGAAAGUGUAAAAAAAAAGAAACAAGAAAAGAACAUGUUAAUGUCUCAGCUUCAUGAUUUGAUUACAGUGAAUGCAAAUAAAGCUUUAACAGGGGGAGGUGUAUUGAUUUGGAGGCAGAGAGAGACCACACCUCAGAGUCGGGAAAUAGAUGAGCCUGCAAUGUAUAGGAUCAAAGAUGACCUGAAAUUCUCUGUUGAGAUAUAUGAGUGGUCUGGAAAGAGCUGGGAGCCCUAUGUGGCAGAUGAUGUUCAGGUCCAGUUUUACAUGAUGAGCCCAUACGUGCUGAAAACACUAUCAACUAACGGAAAGGGUUUGUACCAUGCAUCAUUCAAGGUGCCUGAUGUGUAUGGGGUAUUUCAGUUUAAGGUUGAUUAUCACAGGCUUGGUUACACUAGCUUAUCUCUUUCCAAACAGUUUUUACUUGAAACUCUUUCAUAG